UUGGCUAUGGCCGAGAAGGAGCUCCUUCGCCGGUUUCUCGAGAUCCAGGAGCGGCGAGCAACGAUCUACACGGAGCUCCAGAGGGGUUUUGCAGAUUAUCUUCGUUCUAAUGCGGAGCUGGCUUACAAGGAGCUUUGCGGCAGAGUGACAGUGGAAUUUAAUGAGUGUUCCAGACAGGUGCUUGAAAUCGAAGCUGCGUUGCGAGAUCCUGCGUGCUCCAGGGAGGACCUCGCGGUGUUAUUGCAGGCCGUGCAGUCUCACGAGAAGAAAAAGCUCCAGAUGACUGCGACCCUCCAGAUCUUGAAACGAGCAGGCCACCCCAGCGAGCGUCAAGCCACCGAUCAAAGGCGAGUCGCUCCACCUGAGGCGUGUAACUUGUGUUGCACCCCGGCAGAGCUGGAUGGUGCCAUCUCCGGCCUGGAGGAGUGUCAAGCCGAGGCCGAGUACCUGGCCGCUCAUAAAGAAGCUGUGACAUCCCUGCAAGAGGCCGUGCUUGCCAUCAAUGAGCUCGUGGAGACUGUAAGAUCUGAGAGGGACGAGGAGUGAGUGGUCGAGCACAAAAAAGAGGAGAAAAAACUCUUCUUUCAGAGAUCAAUCGAUCGAUCGCUAAGUUUUGGAGUAGCGACAGUCCAUCCGAUAGACAAGCCUUGAUCCGUUUAGUUGAGUGGAGCUUUCAAGGAGGUGGAUUUCGGAAGAGAGUCCGUUUUAAACCAUUACCGGUUAAGCUAGAAAAGCGUGAAAUAUUCCUUCCAGCUUUGCGAGGAUAUUCGUCCAAUCUAGCUUGUACAAAUC